UUGGCAAUCCCCAAAUUCCAAACCCUAAUUGCGAAAUCCAAAUCCCAUGAUGAUUUUACCGCCAAAAAGCAAAUGCUGUUCUCUCCCAUUCCGUCUCCAUCUCUCCUUCAAACCAUCUCCAACCAGAAAAACCGCCGCCCGAAUCCGCUUCCCCAUCCCCACAACACGAAAACUUUCCUGGCUUGGCUUCAAAGGUCGGAGUCUUAAAGUUUCUCCUCUUCUGAGCUCAUCGGCGCCGCCACUUGAUGCGACCGAAGAAUUCAAAGUGGAACUUGGUCGGUUGCUGGCGCUUUUGCCGGAAGAGAUGCGGCGCAGGGUGAGCGAACAUCCCGAGCUACAUGACUUGAUUGAAGUGGUGAUGGACUUGGGCCGGAAGCCGCUCGCCCGCUUCCCGUCUGGGGAUUUCGUGCUGUCUGAUCACCCAAUUUCAAUGGAGGACAUUCUUCAUGCUACCGCUCAGGUUGGGGACUUUGCAGUUGAUAAUCGAGCUGGAAUUAGCAUAACACUACACCGCAUUAGCGCAAUUAGAAAUAGGAAAGGUGCAGUUAUUGGUUUAACUUGUCGUGUUGGUCGUGCGGUGUCGGGAAGUGCCAAUCUAUUGCGAGAUUUAGUUAAAGAUGGUGCUUCAUUGCUACUUAUCGGGCCUCCUGGGGUGGGGAAAACCACAAUUAUCAGGGACAUAGCCCGUAUGCUUGCAAAUGAGUAUGAUAUGCGUGUAAUGAUUGUUGACACCUCAAAUGAAAUUGGAGGUGACGGAGAUAUUCCACACUCAGGAAUAGGCCAUGCUCGCAGGAUGCAAGUUCCACACACCGAUAUUCAACAUAAGGUGCUAAUAGAAGCUGUUGAAAAUCAUAUGCCACGAGUAAUUGUGAUUGAUGAAAUUGGCACAAAGCUUGAAGCUGCAGCUGCUAGUACAAUUGCUCAACGUGGAAUUCAACUAGUUGCAACUGCUCAUGGAGUAACCAUUGAGAACUUAGUGAUGAAUCCUACAUUAGAGAUGCUUGUCGGAGGAGUGCAGAGUGUGACACUGGGCGAUGAAGAGGCAAGUAGGAGAGGAGUUCAAAAAAGUGUGUUGGAAAGGAAAGGGCCAUCAACUUUCACUUGUGGGGUGGAGAUAAUUUCUAAAGCAGAGUUACGAGUUCAUCGUAAUCUAGAAGCAACAGUAGAUUCUAUACUUGCAGGUCGCCACCCUAGAUUUGAGGUCCGAAAGUUGAAUAACGAAACAAAUGGAUUGGAGCCAAGUUUAUUCACUCCUGAUUUGUCUGAGAGUGAGACGAGCAGUGUAAGUUGGACUGAAGAUACUUCUGAAAUGAUUGAUGAUUCAUCUUUCCAUGAUGCAAUUGCCUCAGAAGGGAAUUCUUUUGAAGAUGAGGACCAUCUCUGUAUAUUUCUUUAUGGGAUAUCAGAGGCAAGCAUCAUGCAAGGGAUAAAGCAGUUAAAGAUAGAUGAUACAAUCAAAUUUACUGACAACAUCAGUGAAUCAGAUGUGUUAAUAGCUUUGCAGUCCAAGCUCAAAAAGAAUUCUCGGCUACAAGCUGCUGCAAGAUCUCAAAGCCUUCCUACCUAUGUCAUCAAGACGAGCUCUUUGGCUCAGAUAAUGAGGACUAUUCAAUCUUUAAUGUCUGACUAUGCAGAUGGUUUUGAAUUUUAUGAAUCUGAUGCUAAGGCAAAUGACUCAGAGAAAAUUGAUGCCUUGGAGGAAGCAAGAAUUGCAGUUGAGCAAAGAGUAAUCCCAAAGGGAGAGCCCGUUGAUCUGCUUCCCCGCGCAUUAAAUAUAAUAUUGCUUCAGAAGGACCUCAUUCGUAAAUACAAUCUUAAAUCAGAAAGAAUUGUUACUGAGCUUGGUGUGCGGCUCAGGAUCCUUCCUCUACAGAGUACAGUCAACGAAGUCAGUUCUGAAGAAAAAGAAGCCGGUGAUUCUAACGACUCUGAAAACUUUUAUGAGCUAAACAAUGAAAUGAACGGGUCUGCUAUCACUGUCAACCGAUUACCACUCCUUCCUGACUAAAUAUAUUUAGUCCAAACAUCUUUGUCUCAUCCCACAUCAAAUAUCAUAGAAGCACAGGUAUGUUUGCAUUCUGGUGCUCACUCUCAGCCUAUUAGUUUCAUUGAGUUUGUUUUCAUGCAGACAUCAUAAAGUUCAAUUAGCACGAUUCAAAUUUUUUUUAUCUCACUAUUGUUGGUGCUCAUUUCUUUCCUCCAUAAAUAUUUCCAAGUCUAUUGCAAAUUUGUCUCCUCUGAAUAGGUGAGGGUUAGUAGCAAGAACUCCUGAUUAUAUGCUUAUCUUUGACCGUUUAGACAAUUGAGUUAGUGCUAAUGGGGUUUUCUUUCGGUUAGUUGAUUCUUGCCUUUUGCAUGAUUCCAACUACUCCAGAAAUUACUUUAAAACAAACAAGAUAAACAUAAAUAUAGUUUAGGCUGAACAUUAGGAGAAAAAUUGAAAAAAAUGGAUAGCUGUGUAGUAUUGAGUAUUGACUAAAAGUUAGUGCUCCAAAACAAAUUUGAUCUAAACCAUUUAUUUUAUUUAUUAUUUGGUGCUCUUUAUUCCCACUUUAAUCUAUGUAAGAGUAUUCAAAUGCUUAUCCAGAAUCCCAAAGUCAAACCUUUUCAAUAGUUCUUUUCCAUAUGUAGAGAUACAUUUAUGAAAGGAAUAACAUUAAUUUCUGAUCUUUGAAAGCUACACAAUUGCCUUACUUUCUUUAACCUUUAUAUUCUGAACGUGCAUACUCAAAAAGAUGAUUAUUUAUGAAGUUGACCUAAAUUAGUAUGACUCAAAAAUCAUUGUUGUUCAUUAUAUAAAAAGAUUGCCACUUUCUGUGGUGGGUCAGCUCAUUGCAUUGGUCGGCAUUUUAUUUCUUUGUGGAAAAAUUUGUAAUGCAAAUUGAUAAUGCUCCCUCCAUCCACCAAUACAACUGGGCGCGAGUUUUAAGAAAUAUAGUAGAAAGUGGAUUGAAAAGGUUAAAAGAAGGUGAGUUCUACUUUCAUAUACUCCGUAUUAGUUUUAUAUUGAAAUGUGAGUUAUAUAAAGUUAGUGAAAUGUGGGAUUUAUUACCGAAAGUAGUAAAUAAACAAAUGAGAAGUUUAUUAGUGGAGGAACAAAAAUAGCAAAAUGGGAAGUUUAUUGGUGGACGAAGGGAGUGGUAUAAUUUGCUGGCUUUCUUUACCCAAUUUAAUUUCCUGAUAGCAGUUAGAAGGAUUGUGAAGCAACUGCAGUAUAUUCUUUAAGUUAGUUUUUAAUUGGGUACUCUCUUAUGUAUUAUGACUUUUAAGAAAGAUACUAGAAUCAUACGCAGCCGGCCUUUAAAUGUGGUUAAUUAAAAUUAAUGGGGGUUAAUAUUAUUUUAAUUAGGAUUUAUCCACAAUUUGGGUUUAAUCAGUCAAUAGUUAAGAUUUAAUUGAACCUUAAGAGUGUUUUUUUAGGAUCACCCUAGAAAGCUAGGCUAAUCUAGUAGAGGAUUUAGUAAGAUGGAUUGAAACUUUGGGAUAUCUCAAGGCCCUUGAUAAUUUCUAUAGCUUGAGCUAAUUUUGCUUGAUUUGUAUCCCAUAAUACUUGAACAAGCCCUAGUAAUGAAAGAUAAAAUACUCAACUAUCUAUAUCAUUAUUCAUGAAAAGUAAAUACAUCUCAAGUAUCAAAUAAUUUAGUAUGUAACUGAAUUUGAAAGGUUGAACCAACUGUCCCUUAAUGUGAAUAAUUUACAACAAGGGGUGCUAUUUUUUUUCUUUAUGCAAUGCCUUAGCAUCAAGAACUGUUACAUGUUUUACCCCAUUUCUUGUCAUCCUGACCUUAUAUUCAUCCCAAUUCAUGUCAAUUUGAAGAUGAAAAACUUAUUAGUAUUUCUUUAUUUUUGGUGAUUUUUUUAGGAUCCUCUUUUUUUAAUCUUUUGAGGUGGGGAAGACAACGUCACAUCUAAACUAUUCACCGUACAAGAAGCAGGUUGGUUGGAAUCCAUAUUAGCUCUCUUUCGAAUGUGCUCUUUUUGGCCUAUGCUACAAUACAUUUAAAGGUGAUUUAACGUUUUCUUAUCAUUUUUAAGUGCAUCUUUCAGCAUUAUUUGUGUGGUUCACAAAUCACAAUGGAACUCUAGAAUUGAAUAAAAUCACAAGUGAUAGGCUAUCUAUAUGUGUUAUCUUUGUUGUUUUGUGUAGACCAAAGUAACAUAGUAGUUAGUGAAAGUGCUUCUCUAAAAUCCAAAAUCACAAUAUAGCACUCAAAUUUUCCUCAAAUCAGAUGUCACAUUGGAUUAGCUAUGGCUGGUAUGGGUAGUUUAUUUUAACUUUUUAUAGCUUUUAUGUGAUCUUGUCUGUUUUAUUUAACUUUUUUUUUAUUUACAAUUUAAAAUAGACAAUCUCUAGCUGGCUUCCAUUACCAGUUUUGGCCCAACUAUAUUCUGCACAUAUAUUUUUCUUUUAUUGAACCAAUUCUUGCUUGAUUUUCUACAUUGAACUACUAUAUCAUACUAUUUGCUUCGAUUUGCCAAAACUAGGAAAAAUGUGAGAAUUUAGGUGGUUUUAACUGUGAAUUUAAUGUGCGUGUCUGAAGUGUAACCUUCCAAUUACAAUACUUGAAAUUGGAGGCUUAUUGUGGCGUUUUGUUUAAUUUUAUGUAGUUUUUUAGCAUGCCUAACCCUUUUACAUGUAACCCUUCACCUAUAAAAAAUAAUAAUAUUAUCAGUGGAAAAUCGUGGCCCUUCAGAACCCCAUGGGCAGAGGAUCAGCACUCCAGAUCUUCAGACACAUUCACAUCUAUAUAUAUGUAUAUAUAUUCUAUGAUCAAUGUUAUUAUAUACAUCUAUGUGAGCACUAUUCAGCGUUAUUUAUUUUGUUUAUAUAGGAGUAUUUAUUUUUAUUCUAA